GCAUUACGUUUUCCAAUGUGACACUUACUCUGAUUGGCUUUUCGUUUCUGUCACUCAUGCCUCCGCGUCGUCCCGCUCUAAAACGCUCAAUCAGUCAUGCUCAGCGGCAGUUCAGUUGGCGGCAACCAAUAAGACCGUUCGUGAGCUCGACGUUCUGUGACUUCCAAGAAGAACGCGACUAUCUCGUCAAACACGUCUUUCCCAGACUCGACAAAGCGUGUCACGAACGAGGAACGUACUUCGCGCCGAUAGAUCUUCGCUGGGGCAUCAACGAGUCCCAAAGCAGUCAAGGUCACGUGAUCCAACUCUGUCUUGACUACAUUCGGAAGUCGUCGCCAUUCUUUGUGUGUUUGCUUGGCGAGCGAUAUGGAUCACACCUACCGCCUAAUGCGCCUGCAGACCACCCAUCUGCUACGUGGUUUGAAAAAAAUCUAUCGAUUGCACAAAUGAAUGGAUUUGAGUGGCUUCGAAGGGAGGAAUUCAAACACAAAAGUAUCACCGAGUUGGAGGUCAUACAAGCUGCGUUUGAGGAGGAAAGCAACGCCGCAUGUGCGUAUUUCUAUAUGCGAGAUCCUGGAGCUGUAGCCAUUCGGUUGCCUUCUGAUCUGAGCGACGAGGAGAGGCAAGCAAGACUAGCAGUGUUUGGUGCCGAGAGCGAGUUUGCAGAGAAACAGAUGAGUGCGUUGAAGGAGAGAAUAGUGAAGAGUCGGUUGGCUGUGAGACGAUUUAAUACGGUCGAGGAACUCGGGAAGAUGUUGUUGGACGAUUGGAUGACUGUGAUUAAUAAUGAGUAUCCACAGUUGGCUGAUAGCUUCGCAAACCAUGAGGGAGAUCUCUUCAGGGAAUGGGCAGCUCAUGAAUCAUUUGCUGAGACGAGACGACGAGCAUUUGCUCAAACUCCACACAUCAGCCGCAUCAGUGAGAAUCUCACUCAUUAUGUUGCCAGACUGUCUGAUGGAAAAGAGACGAAGACGCAAGUCGUCGUGGUAGAAGGAGAGCGUGGGUGUGGCAAGACGUCGGUUGUUGCCAAUUGGAUGAAGGCAAUUGCAGGAAGUGCACCAGAAAUUGCGUUUCUAUCUUACUACGUAGGAAGCAGCGCAGCAAGCUCGGAUAUUCUCAGUUUUCUUCGAUACUGCACAGCAGAGAUCCGUCGUUUCCACACAGGAUCGUACAUGACACCGACAGAGGGAGACUCCAAUUCAGCGAACACACAAAUUGCACUCGAGGCAUUUCACGGCGCUCUCAAUCUCGGUCCGACCAUCAUCAUGCUCGACGGAUUAGAAGAAAUGUCAAGUGAAGAUUACAAAAACUCCGAGUUGAUGUUCCUUCCUGAAUCAAUGCCAAAGCAAUGCUUGUUUGUCAUCACCAUGGCUGUUGAUCAUCCAAAGCUUCUCGUCUUGAAACAGAGAAGAGACGUGGAGAUACAUCAACUGCCAUUGCUUAGCAACGAUGAUGACAAAAAAUCAGUGAUGCAGCAGCAUCUUGUCAUGCAUAGGAAAGAGCUCAAUGAGCAUCAAUACAAGAAAAUCACAAGCUGUGAUCUUAGUAGUCGACCUCUCUUCCUGGCUGCGUUAGCCAAUGAGAUGAGAUUAUUUGGCAAGUUCAAGGAUGUCGACAAGCAUCUUGAUCAUUACUUGAAGUCAACGUCCAUCGAGGAUCUCUGGUCACGCAUAAUCUUCCGCUGGUGUCAAGACUACGGUUGGAGUUCGAGCUCUGAAUGUGUACUCCCGAAAAGCGGCAAUCUCUAUGACAACUGGGUGGCAGAUCUACUUCGACUGAUUGCUGUAUCUCGUCAUGGUCUCAGUGAACAAGAAAUUCUGACUGUUCUCGUACGGCGUGGGUAUGACAACAAACAUGAGGUGACAUCGGCCAUGCUCGCUCUCCUUCGAUCUGCAGUGAUGGAUGCAUUGUUUGAGAAGCCGGGAGGAAUGCUCACCUUCUUUCACAGCCACCUGCAAGAAGCAGUAACAAACAAUCUCUUUUCAACAUCAAACGGUGACACCACGACCGCUGAUCCAAACGUUUACCACAAAUUUCUUGUUGAUUAUUUCACAUCUUUGCCUCAUUCUCGACGUAGAGCAGAAGAGUUGCCAUGGCAACUGUUGGAAGCCAAUGAAACAGAGUCUCUGUGCAAGGUGCUGACAGAGCCUGAUGUUUUUCUACAACUGACAAGCGAUGCCGGGAAGAACCCACUAAAACUAGACUUACUGAAGUAUUGGAACGUCUUACAUGAUGGUGGCUACGAUGAGAGCACAGUUUAUCUCCACAUGUUGAAGACACAACGAAGUCAUUUGGCUCCAGUGAAAAACGAUGAAGAUGUACCCGAUAGUUCGGCAUCCUCCCAAACUGAUGAGUUGGAAAAGCUUGCAGCAACGGGACAAGCAGUUGGGCAAUUCCUGGCUGAACGCCAUAAGUUCGAUGACGCUUUACUUGUCCUUCAGGAUGCACUGGAAGACAUGAAGCGUUGCCACGAAGAACAACGAUACAACCACCUCCUACUAACCGAAAUACAGGAAAGCAUCGGCCACAGAUUCCUCUACAAACUGGAGAUACAAGAAGCCGAGAAAUGGUACAGCAUGGCAUUGGAAACAGUCGCUCUAAUUGAGUCGAAAGGCCAACGUGAAUACGAGCUGCAAGGCCGGAUACUUAAUGCAUUAGGUCAGCUGUAUGCACGAGGCAAUAAGACAGAAGACGCUGAAGUAUGUUUGAAGCAAGCCGCAGAGUACAUGACAGCAGCUGAGUCGACUCCGGGGUUAGCGACCGUCGACUAUAAUUUGGGUAUUUUGCGAUCGCGACAAAAGCUUUUCAACGAGGCAGAGACACACCUCCGACAAGCGGUCACUACACGAGAGCGUUGGUUCGGAAUGAGUCAUUUCUUUGUCGCCGAAGUGUUGAACGAACUAGCUGGACUACUCGUGUCUCGCCACUGGUUGAAACGAGACCCGUGGUUGGCUAAGGAAGCAUUGGAUAUGUACAAGAGAGCACUGAACAUACGCGAGCUUCAUUUAGGAAAAUCUCAUCUACUUGUAGCGACGACUUUGUUUCACACGGCAAAGCUGCUCGCUCACCCACAGCUGUCUCGUAAAAACGAGGCACUUUGCUAUCUAAAGCGAGCAUUGGGAAUCAGGAAGGAGGUGCUUGGUAUGGAACACAAACUAACGAAAGUGAUCGCUAGAACAGUGGACGAGGUAGAGAGUGGGACAUUUGGCACGAAACAAGGAAACAGACAGAGUGGAACCUCGAACUCUGCUGCAGGAGAUAAAGUCCAACAACAACCGAGGCACGAAACAAAGGAGGAGGAUGGAUGGCAAUGCGUACGCAACCGACGGCAGAGCCGAGAAAUCCGAAAGGAAGACGGGUUCGUAAGAGAUAGAGGCCAAGGAAGACAAGGACGAGGACAAGGAGGAAUGGGAAGAGGGAGUGGACCACGACGUGGCAGCGAGCCUUUACCUUUAUCAGUUGGACACAAAACAAGCCAUGUCAUGCGACGAGUCGCCUCUGAGAGUGUCCCACGUUCGUUUUCACGUAUCAGUGAGGAGAGCAAAGAAAACGAACGCGCGUUCACCGGACGACGUGGACAAUUGAGAGAGCAACAAACGUUUAGGUCUACGUCGGUUGCUCAGCAGGCAAAUCAAACCGUGGAAAGCAACAAACCAAUAUCACACACUGCUGCAGCCCGAGAGCCACCAUACCAGCAAUCUAUUCCCACAGUUGAUUCCAUACCAGAAGAGAACUGUCACAUGUCAUCAUACGCUCAGCUGGUACACACAAGAAAAGGACGAGGACGAGGCAGCAGACACAAAUGAACGUCCUGCCUGUGAUGUCAUUCGUCAUUACACACACAGCCACAUAUCCACGGACACACUACACUGUAUACGCUUAUUUUUAUGACAACAUUUUAUACCUUCUAUUGCUUCACUUGCUUAUGUAGAACUGCCUCGUAUUUGUAUAGAACUUUGCUCGAAGCUACAGCAUGCCAUUGCCGCCGUAUGUGUUUUCUACACGUUUAUAUGAUACUAGAACGAAUUAAAAGUUUAGAAACAACAGAAAACAUGCUAAGAAAUCAUUGCACGGUAACUCACUUUAUAAGUUCCGCCAUCUUGUGCAGCUUAUUACU